AUUCGUCCAUGCUCAGGGCUUCUCUGUGGCAGCUGUCGUCAUCACAUCAGACGUGUCGUGGUUGCAGUCUGGUGAUGACCUGAGCUUUGAUUUGUGAUUACUCAUCAGACAGAUGGGUGCUUUGGGUCGCUCCUGAGAUGAGAUAGCGUCCUCUCUGUCUCCGUCGAGCUGCUGCAGAAAGGCGCACGCAGGAAAGACGUGGGCACCUUACUACUGGAAUUUCAUAGCCUAUUGUUUUUGGAGCCUUGCUAAACGCAGUAUUCUCCCUGUUCUUCCAUCUAACACCAUUUUUGGAUGAUGAUUCCGCUGCUCUUCAAAGAUGAUGUGAGUUGAAUCGGCUGGGAAGCUGCAGAGGAGCUGUCCGUCUCUCGAGGUGCUGAUGCGGCUGUGACAGGAGCGAGUAUGGCCGCCGGGAAGUUGUUGCUCUACACCGGGCUCUCCUUGUCUCUUUGUGCCUUGGGCAUGCUCGCCGUGGCAAUGUGCUCGGAUCAUUGGUACGAGACAGACGCCAGAAGGUACAAGGAGCGAUGCCGAAGUUUCUCCAGCCGCCGUAAGGACCCGGGCUUUAUCUAUAUCCCCAACAACAGCCUGCCGCUGCGGGCCAGCCGAGUCAGCAUGCCUCGCUGGGAGGACAAGGUGCUAUUGGCCCGAAACCGAAGGCAGCUGUUCGCCAUGAGCGCCGCAGACGAAUGCAGUAGGCAGUAUAACUCCACCAACAUGGGGCUGUGGAGGAAAUGCCACCGGCUUGGCUUCGACCAGGUAAUCGAAGAUCACAUUCGCAAAGGUUCAAUUGCAAGAUGCUCCUACAUCAAGUACCAUUACUCGUCAGCUGCAAUACCCAAAAAUCUGUCCUACAACAUCACCAAGACAAUACGACAGGAUGAAUGGCACUCCCUACACCUGCGACGAAUGACAGCUGGUUUCAUGGGCAUGGCAGUGGCCAUCAUUCUGUUUGGCUGGAUCAUUGGCUUGCUCGGCUGUUGUUGGGAUAGAGGUCUCAUGCAAUAUGUGGCUGGCCUGCUCUUCCUCAUGGGAGGAACUUUCUGCAUUAUCUCCCUCUGUACCUGUGUUGCUGGCAUUAACUUUGAGCUUUCCCGUUACCCGCGGUACCUGUACGGCCUUCCUGACGACAUUGGCCAUGGCUAUGGAUGGUCUAUGUUUUGCGCCUGGGGAGGUCUUGGCCUUACCCUCAUCGCUGGUUUCUUCUGCACCCUGGCUCCCUCUGUUCAGCCAAUGCCCAGAUCCACUUGUCCCAAAGCCCGGCAAGAGAACGGCACCGUCUGCUAAAGCUGGAAAAAGUGAACAGACCAGCUACGUCAGUUGAUUAAAAAAAUAGACAAACUGUCAUAUCAUGUCAUCUGCCUACUUAUCAUUGAUCAGUUCUGGGUUCAGAGUUUUUAAAUUGAGUGUGUGUUUGAAAUGGGUAUCUUGAUAAUCUGCUAUCCUGAUCAUACAAUGAGAAACUCAAGAUCUUAGAAGAAAUAUUUAAAAAAAUAAUUCUGUCUUUUGUUAUUGUGGGACAGAUGUGGAAAUUGACCUUGGAUAGGAAAAUAUUCCAAGGAUUUAAAAAGGAUUCAAGGAGAAAGUAACAGACUGAUGUGUGGAGCCUGUCACCUGAAUUUGGGCUGUAACUGUAAAAAUGGACAGUAACAAUUUGACAAAGAUGUGUUCUCUGUACUUGCCUGGUGUAAUGCAGUUGGUUUCUUUAGAAUUCUCACAGGAACCGGAUUGAACCAGUUCAGGGUUAUCAGCUGAGUAAACUUUUCUGUGCACCAUGCAAAGUUACAUGUAACAAAUGAGCAGGAUUAAGAUACAAACUCUGCUGUUGUUAAUUAUUGUCUGGAAUAUUCCAAAAAAGUAACAGGAAUUUUCAUAUUGGAUUGCUUUUAUUCUGUACAGGUGCAUUCCUUUGCCUACAAUGAUCUUACAUGCCAUUAAGCAUUUUGAACACACAAUUUUUACUUAAUUUUUUAUUGAUUCCCUCAAAUUGUGAACAAACAGCAGUUUACUGUCAGAGCAAAUGUCUUCUGUGGUUUUUUUUCAUGAGUAUGUAUGAGUAUGAACAUGUUAGAAAGAAGGUGAUUUUACAGUCUAUACAAAAAAAUUAUUUUAUUUAAUAAAGUAGAUACAUAGAUUGAGUAUGUAAAAAAUCUAUUUCUUUUAGUCUGAGUUACUGAUGAAUCAAUUUAAAAGGGAGCAUAUUCACAUUAAUAUGUUGCUGCCCUCAGAAGGAGUGAAAAAGCAUGUAGGUUUUUUUAACUCAUGCUUUGGUGUUGAUUUCCUGGACAACUGUCCACAACUUCCUCUCUCUAUUGUGUUCCAUGUCACAAGAAAGCACAAAUUUAUCCAGCUGACAUAUUCUAGACCCAGGAGAUCAAUGUCAUGCAUCAGUAAAAUCUUUACUCACCUUAGUCACCAUCAAUGAAUUACACAGAUUUGUCUGUGGUCAGUGGUUUAAACAAUAAGACUGAUGAGUGCUUGUUAAAUGCAGCCACUGGUUUUAUACGAUAUGUUGUAUUGUCAGUAAGGCCUUUUUUCCACUGGCAUCUCUACAGUGUGGCUCGACUUGGCUCAACUCUACAUGGUUUAAGUGGUUUUCCAUUACAACAGUUCUAACAGUGAAACUAUCAUGGUUGGGUGGUACCAGAGUUUGAAAUGUAGUGUGGCAUGAUCUUGUACAAACUGCUGCAGGUGUUGAAGCCAUGCAUGGUAUUGGGGUAGAAGCAGUGGAGCUUGGAGUCCUUAAUUUUGACUCUCUCUUAAUUUGGAGAGUUAAGGAACUCUCCCUUAAUUUGGAGAGUCCAAAUUAAUGGAAGUGGAGACAUACAGUAUGUACCUCUCAUAGAAAGAGCUUCUGGAAACACAAAACAUACAUAAUGUGUAACUGCAAUAUAUGAAAGAGACAGUGAAUAAUCCAAGCAGAGCACACUGUUAGCAUUGAUAGCAAGUUAGUAUUGCCUUGAUUCAAGACACAACACCAUAAGUUUCAGAAUAUCCUUGUUCAUUCAAAGUAAGCUCACCACUGAGGGACAAGUUGCAUAGAAGAGUCUUUAAGUCACAAAACCAUCAUCCAUUAUGGAAUACAGUAAUGAUGUGCUUAAGUUCAAUCAACUCUACCUGUUACUGGUUGGUGUCUGUAAAUGGCGUCUGUUCCGUUGAACCACUCCGGUCGUUGUGGUCCUUGUUGGUCCAGUAAUCACUUCACAGGGUUCUAAUCAUCUUGCUGUGCACUGGUACCUGUAGGCAGCCAUCAACAGAGUCACACAUAUCACUGCAAAUCAACAAGACAGUGAAAAGUGAUUUACAUAAUACAAACAUAACACAAUAAAUAUACAAAAGAAAAGAAACAUUAUAUUACAUUACAAUCAGUAACAGAUAAUCUUCUGAUGCUGCCUUCUUAGCCUGAGUUGGUACAUUUGGAACUCCUGCAAAGUGAAUCAUAAAAAUGGGACAGGUAUUACUUAACUGUUACUACUGGGAAUACCUUUAUAAUCGAGUAAAGUUAAAUUGAGCCAUACUGAGUAGGUGCCAGUGGAAAAGGGCAAUAUGGGUAAUCUCAUAUGUGCAUUCCAUGCGCUCCAGAAAGCAAAUCUUGAAAACUGAUCAAUGUUUUGGAAUAGUCAAUAUUUGAAACAUAUUUAUUAAGUGUUGGAUUACUUAAAAUUCUAUUUGGGAGUAGAGAAAUUGGUGUAGUUCCCUGUUAAGGUUUUCAUGUGUAAUAAAUAAAUUUGGGUAAGCAAUUUAAACACAAACUUCUAUUGACCCUCUGAGAUUUCUUUAGUCACAGUUCCAUGUGGCACAUUACUAAGCAAAUUUUCUUAUAAGGCUAAGACUACCUGGGUUAAUGUGAAAAUCUUUUAGCCUAGAGGCUCUUUAGUUUACUUAAAAACAAACAACAAAAAAACGGGGGAAAUCUGUCAUGUAGGGAACAUCAACAACUCUUUUCAGAAAUGCAGUUUUUGGAAGUCGUGAAAAUAAUACAGAUGCUUGAUUUUUUUUUUUCCCUUUAGCUUUUAUUUUCCUAUUACAAAGUAAAAAAUGUAAAUCAUGAAUGACUGGUAUUAAGUCAGAUUUGCCUUAAUACCAGUCAAACUUGACUGGUAUUAAGGAGGAAGCACCUAAGAGCAUGGGCAUCACAAUAUUUUAAGGAGCCAUUCAUUGUUGUGCUCGAGUCCUACAAUAGACUUAAGAAGAACACAUCCCUUUUGAUUUGGUUUGAGAUAUUCUAUUCUAUUCAACCUCACACCUAAAGUAUUUACAUUCUACAGGUGCAAUUUGACUUUUAGUUUACUUAUGUAAACAGUAAGCAGAACAACACACUUCACAGAUUAAAUUGUACAUUAAAAGUCCCAUGUUCAGACAAUAUUUAUAAGAACCUGCCAUAACUAUUUUUUUGCUAUCAUAGAUGCCAUCUAUAAGGCCUCCCACUCAACAUAUCGUCAUCAGGACUGAUCUAAAAAAAAAUUUAAAAAAUCAGCUCUCUUAAAAAAAAACAGCAUUUACUGUUUGCAUCCUGAUCACUUGAACAUUUGUGUGUCUUAACUUGUUGAAUUGUUGUAUCAAUGUCUGUGUUCCCCAAUCUUAGAAAGUAUUUUUGUUUAUUUUUUAAAAAUUCAUUGAAUAAAAGACCCAAGAUUUAAAAAUUGGAAUGACUCAUUACUAAAAUCUACGAGGGUGGUUUAAUGAUGAGAUGGCUUAAGAGCCAUCUAUUGAAAGACAAAAUAUAAGUAGAACUUGUCUGAUUGUGCAUCAGUUCAGUCAUGUUCUAUAUUAAAAUAAAGUAGAAUUGUAUUUA